GCAUCUGCAACAAGAAGAUCGAGGCCAAGAUCAAGUCGGUUUCCACUUCUUGAUUCUCACAUCGUCUGCAUUUGAUGUCUGGCUCAAAUGUGUCAGACAAUAGGGAUGACAAUAAGCCAGUCUUGUCGUGGACAUUGCUGCCCUUCAUCCAGAACUUAUAGAAGUAUCACUGAAUAUUGAAUGGACUGUCAACAUCCUGCUUUCAGCGUUCACAAGGAAGAUUAAGGAUCAGAGGCAACUGCCAUUUUUUGAAAAAUAGUGACAGCAAAAAUGUGGCGUUCAAUUACAAAAUAUUUGCUCAACAGCAUAAUAUUUCAAAGCAGAAUGCAAAGCCUACCAGCUGGAGAGAACGCUCUUCAUCGUCCCAAACAAGAAGUUUCUCUUCAAGGUUACAGACACCACACACCCACAGCUUUUAAAAUAAGCAUGCCAAUUUCAACUAUCGGAAAAAUAGAAGCCGUUGAUAAACAGCGAUGCAUCAUUGUUCACUGGGAUGAUGGAAGCCACAGCCAGUAUCCUUAUGUAUGGUUAAGGGAUAACUGCCAAUGUCCCCAGUGCUUCCUGCCUUCAGCUAAAGCAAGAAAGUUUCCCAUAGAAGAUUUGGAUAUGAACAUUUCUGCAGAUAAAGUCAUUUCGACUGAUGCAAAGAUUUCAGUUGUAUGGCCUGACCAGCACGUCAGCGAAUUUGAUUCCAGUUGGUUAAAAGCAAGACGCUUUGCUCAAAUAACAAGAAAAGAGAAACAAGAAGAGCUUUUCUUAACAGACCAACAGAAUUGGGGGUCAGAACUUCAGAUCCCUACUGCCAACUUUGAAGAGGUGCUGGACAAUGAUGAAGUUGCCUAUCAAUGGCUGAAAACUCUCCGUAGAAUAGGAGUUAUGCGUCUGAAGCAUGCUCCAACAGAAAAAGGACAAGUGGCUAAACUGGGAGAAAGGAUUGGCUACCUGAGGUUGACAUUUUAUGGGCUCACCUGGCAAGUAGAAGAUAAGGUCGAUGCCAACAAUGUGGCUUACACAAGUGGGAAACUGAGCCUACAUACUGAUUACCCUGCACUGCAUUAUCCCCCUGGGAUUCAGCUUCUUCACUGCAUAAAACCAGCAGAAAUUGGAGGUGAAACACAAAUAGUGGAUGGAUUCCACGUUGCCAAUCAACUGAGACAUCUGAAUCCUGAGGCAUUCCGAAUCCUCACCUCAGUUUUGGUUGAUUUCACAGACACUGGAGUUGACUACUGUGAUUUCUGUCUCCAAUCCAAACAUAGAAUCAUUGAUUUGGAUCAUAAUGGAAAAAUUGUUCAAAUCAAAUUUAACAAUGCUACUCGAGACUCAAUCCUUGAUGUCCCUCUGGAAUUGGUGCAUCCUUUCCUUUCUGCUCUCAAGGACUACGUGAAUCUUAUGUACAAGCCGGAAAACCUAAUUACUUUCAAGAUGGAAGCAGGAGAUAUACUAACCUUUGAUAACUGGAGGAUAUUACAUGGCCGUCAGAACUAUAUUUCGAGUGCUGGUUCUUCACGUCACCUGGAAGGAGCUUACGCAAGUUGGGACGAGGCUUUGUCACGACUACGUUGCUUAGAGAAGGCAUUGUAUGGCAACAAAUAGAUACUUCAGAUAUUAAAAAACGGUUGUAAUAGAGCAGGCAACAAUAAGCGAUUUUUAGGAUUAAAACAGUAAAUUCUAAAAUUUGACAAUGCAUGCCCCAGAUAUAAUCAUGUAAGAGAAGCAGGAUGUGUGAGUUAAUACUUAUACGAUUCUGGGAAUAAGACAAUGUUAGUAUUUCAGAGGAUCACUUAAAUCAAGCAUUUCUGACUGGGACGGAGGCUGGAUUGGGAAAGUGUUACUGAACAGUGUUCCCUCUGAACUAUGAGCCAAUCCAUCAAGCUGAAUAAAUGAGUUUUACUGCAAGUCUAGCUCACAAACAAAGAACUGGUGGCCUCCAAUCUAAUAGAAAAUCAACAAACAAGUGGCAAGCUGACAUGAUUAAUCAGUUAGAAUUAAAAUCCAAAUUUCACCCCGGUUGAUCGUUGGAGCACAAAGCCUCUCACCACUUCCCUCCCUCAACUCUCCCUUCCUCUUCCAGUCUCUUUGCCAGGUCUUCACUCAUGUCAUGCUGUGGCUGGAAAAGCUUUUGAGUGAGUGGUUGACUAGUACACUGUAUUUAUGCAAAAAUGUGGUCUUAGAAAAUAAAAAUAUGGAGUUGACUUAUAUGUUGUCAACUUUAUGCCAUGAUGUAAGGUACAAUAUAAAGGAAAGUACUUCAUCAUUACAUAAAAUAAUCACAUAUCUAGAUUUUAAAAAUCCACAAUACAGUACAGAAUUAAGUAUGCAAAUGUAUGGAGUCUGAAGAAAAGGCAGAGGAAUAAAUAUAUGAAAAUAAUUGAAAAAUGUUUUGCCACAAACAAAAAAUUUCAAUUCUACCAGUAAAAAUAUUCUAUUUUCCAAGCUGUUUGUAGAAACCCAAUUUAUUGUUUGAAAAUUUAGCAGCUGAUUCAAGCAAAUGAAAAAUUCAAUGAAAUGGCAAUAAAUAACUGUCUAGAAUGUAAUAGGCCUCGGAGGCCAAUUCCACUGGUGCUUUUAGGUGUUAUGGAGUCUGCAAAUGAUGUCUGAAAAUGAAUUGUCACUUUAGUCUGUUUUUAAUGCUGGGUAUCAUCUUUAACCUUGCGCUUGGAAGAGCCACCUUCUAGUGUAUCAUUAAGAAGUUAAUUAUCACUGUAAUGUGUGCUUGCAAUAUAAGUACCAAACUGAAUCCACUUGACAACCAAUCAGCACUCUCCACUCCUACAGUCUGCAGCCAUUUUCCUUUAGUAUUCUUACAAAUUGUUCAGCGCAAGACGAAAAGCUUCGACAAAAAGUGUCUUUCUCAGUAACAUUGAAGGUCUGCACUGUUUGCUGCUGACUGUCUCCCAUGGUAUUUUCCCAGAUGACCAUCUUGGCAACUUGUACUAUUUGCCACCUCUGGCAAUAUGUAGUACUAGGUAAGGUUCGUGCUACAACUGCCUAGGGUGGGGUUGUGCACUGGAAAUAAAGCCCCGUUAUACCCAGAGUCAUCACAAAUGUGAAAAUCUGAUUAAACAACUGAAUUGCCAAAGUUUGAAAAACAAGAAGAUGCACACCAGGUUUUUACGAUUAAGAAGAAAAUAUCUAUUUAUUAUAAUCAAAGAAUUUUAACAAGUGGCAAGAAAGAGACAUGAAUUGCUAACUUGUAACUAUAAGUUAAAAUUCUACCACUCUUAAAAAUUCUUGCACACAGACAGACUCACAAAGAUUAUAAAUGAGGAAAGAACAAAAAUGUUGGUGAAGCACAAUUCUAACACGAAUUGGAAAUACAGGCAUUGUUGAGCGGUUUUCCCUCUGUUCUCUUCUGAUGGGGUCAUGGAAUUUUGGAUGUGCCAGUUCCCCAUUCUUUCAUUCAUUGAUGGUUGAAGAUUUGCCCUUUCAGUGUCUCAGAAGAUGUUUGUCCUCAUUUUUCUGCCACAAAGGAAUUUGCACAGGGAGAGAGUGGCAAGCUGCUCAGAAUUUUCUUUAACUUCUCCACACAGAAAAGGGAGAGAGGGAGGUGCUUUCUCCUUCAGAGGCUGGAUGGUCAUGCAGUAUUAUUCAAACAAAAGUGUCACCACCCGGCCAGGAACCAAUGAAGAAGUUGUUACAAUGCUGAGUGCUCCUGAACAGACACAACUGGCCCUGAUUGAAAAACCAAUCAAAGUCUGUCACUGUGCAAGAGGUCUAGCACUUCAUCCACUGCUUGAAUAAGGCAACAUAAUAAAUAUAACUCAUUGUAAGUUCUGGUAACUUUUUUUAAAACUGUGAUUCAGGACAAUAUCUUUUCCCAUCUUUUAGUUCUCUGUCCGGAAAUAGAAGUUGUCUUUACAAUUGUUUCAUGGUAUUUGUUACCACAGAGGGCUACAGAGACUGGUUCAUAAUGUAUAUUCUUGGCCGAGAUAGAGACAGAUUUUUAAUCAGCAAGGGAUUCAAAUGGUGUGUGGAAAAGGCAGGAAAUGGUGUGGAGGAUUAUCAGAUCAGUUGUGAUCUUUUAUUGAAUGGAAGAACAGACUCGAUGGGUCAAAUAGCCUACUUCUGUUCCACAGAUCUACUGCCCUAUUGGAGAAGAAAUCUCUAUCCUAAAUGAGUGACUCCUUACUCUGGAAUUGUGGCCCGUGAUCUUAGACUUUUCCACAAGGGGAAAUAACCUCUCAGCAUCUCCCUUUCAUGUCUCCAAAGAGUCUUAUAUAUGUCAAUAAGGUCCUCUCUCAUCCUUCUAAACUCCAACGUGUAUAGGCCAACAAAUUCAUCCUCUCCUCAUAAGAGAAUCCUUCCAUACCUAGAAUCAAACUUUUGAGCCCUCUAUAGACUGCCUCCAAUACCAGUAUAUUGUUCCUUAGGAAAGGGGGCCAAAACGGUUCACAGUAUUCUAGGUGUGGCCUAACUGGUAUCUUCUUUAGCUGUAGCAGGAGCUCCCUAUUUUUUACUGAGUUCCCUUUGAACUGAAUGUCGACAUUCUAUUUGCCUUCCCCAUCACUGAAUUUGUAUGCCAACUUGUUAUUUAUGAAUGAGGGUUUCAAAAUCUCUUUGUGAUUCAGCUUUCUGUAGGCUUUCUACAUUUGAAUAAUAGUCAGAUCCUGUAUCCCUCCAGCAAAAGUGUAUUACUUCACAUUUUCCCACAUUAUACUCAAUCUGCUCAAUAUUUACCAGCUCAUUUAAAAUUUCUAUGUCCAUCUAUAGACACUUUGUGUCAUCCUCACAUCUGCAAAGUUGGCGAUUUUUUUGCCUUCAUUCAAUGGGUAUUGCUGGCUGGGUCAGCAUGUAUCGCCCAUCCCUAGUUGCCCUUGAGGAAGUGGUGAUGAGCUGUCUUUUUGAACUCUUGCAGUCUACAUACUGUAGGUAGACCCACAAUGCCUUUAGGGAGAGACCCAGCGACAGUGAAGGAAUGGAAAUUUAUUUCCAAGUCAGCAUGUUGAAUAGUUUGGAGGUGGUGGUGUUCCCAUGUUUCUGCUGCCCUUGUCCUUCAAGAUGAAAAUGGUUGCGUGUUUGGAAGAUGCUUUCUUUGGUGAAGUUCUGCAGUGCACAUUGUAGAUAAAGCACACUGCUGUUUCUGAGAAUCGGCGGUGAAGGGAGUGGAUGUUUGUGAAUGUGGUGCCAAUCAAUCGGUUGCUUUAUCUUGGAUCAUGUGAAGCUUCUUGAGUGUUGUUGGUGCUGCACCCAUCCAAGCAUGUGGGCAUAUUCGUCACUCUCCUGACUUGUACCUUGUAGAUAGUGGACAGGCUUUAGGGAGUCAGGAGGUGAGUUACUGUCCGCAGUAUUCCUAGCUUCUGACCUGUCUUUGUAAACACUAUAUUUAUGUGGUGAGUCAACUUGAGUUUCUCGUCAACGGUAACCCUCAGAUGUUGAUAGUGGGGUAAUUCAGUGAUGUUAACACAGUUGAAUGUCAAAUGCCAGUGAUUAGAUUGUCUUUUAUGGGAUAUGGUCUUUGGCUGCAUUUGUGUGGCGCAAAUGUUACUUACUACCCGUCAACCUAAGCCUAGAUAUUGUCCAAAUCUUGUCAGAUUUGAGUGUGGACUGCAUCAGUAUCUGAGGUUCAUGAAUGAUGCUAGCAUUGUGCAAUCAAUGGCAAACAUCCCCACUUCCACCCUUAUGACGGAAAGAAGGUCAAUGAUGAAGCAGCUGAAGGUGAUUGAGCUGAGCACACAACCCUGAGGAACCCCUGCAGGGAUAUCCUGGAGCUGAAAUGUUUGACCUCGAUCAAUCACAACCAUCUUCCUAUCCACCAGGUAUGACUCCAACCAGCAGAGAAUUUUACUUUGAUUUACUAAUGUCACAUGUACUAAGACACAGUGAAAAAUAUUGUUUUGCAUAACAAAUCAGACCAGACAAAUCAUACCUUACAUUGUUAUAUCAGGGCCUGGAUGUGAGUUUGCUCACUGAGCUGGAAGGAUGCGAGCAAACUCACAUCCAGAAACUCAACCUGAGCUACAAAUCUUCUCAAAACUCAUUAUAUCAGGGUAAUAGAACAGAAUGCAGAAUGUAGUAUUUCAGCUAUAGAGAGUUUGCCCAAUACCCAUUGAUCCCAGUUUUACUAGGGCUCCCUGAAUCCAACUCGAUUGAAUACAGCUUUGAGGUCAAGGGCAUUGACUUUCAUCGCACCUCUGGAAUUCAGCUCAUUUGUCCAUGCUUGCACCAAGGCUGUGAUGUAGUCAGGGUCUGAGUGGCCCUGUUAGAACUCAAACUGGGCAUCACUGUAUGCGUAUUGCUGAGCAGUUGCUGCUUGAUAGCACUGUUGAUGACACCUUCCAACACUUGCCAUCUUGAAGAUGUCCUCCUUAUCCCAACUCUUCGGUUAGCUAGCCUAUCCUGUAUCCAAGCUAAUAUAUUACCGCUAACACCAUGGGCUCUUGUUCCAUUUACCAGCCUAGUAUGCAGUACCUUAUCAAGUGCCUUUAGAAAUCUCAAAACAUAUUGCAUCUACUGGUCAGAGAUAAUGGGAGCUGCAGAUGCUGGAAAAUCUAAGAUAACAAAGUGUGGGGCUGGAUGAACACAGCAGGCCAUGCAGCAUCUUAGGAGCACAAAAGCACAAAGGGGAUGAAGGGUCUAGGCCCGAAACAUCGACUUUUGUGCUCCUGAGAUGCUGCUUGGCCUGCUGUAUUCAUCCAGCCCCACACUUUGCAUCUACUGGUUCCCAUUUACUAAUCUUGCCAUGGUGUACCAGUCCAAUCCACUCCUGACUGUUAGUGUAAGUUGGAGUGAGAAGCUGGUCCACACUGCUCCACACAGAUCUUGUCUACCUAGAACUUUAGGGUAAACACUGCCUACAUCUUGUUUUAGCACGUCCAGACAAGUUCAAAUGAUGGCAAUCAGAAAUUGUGAGCUAAAGCUAGACUUUCAUAUCGUCCUGUUAGCAGUUAUUCAGUUCAUGUUUUCACCUUUGCCCUCCAGAUUUCCUGGAUUCAGGUAAGAGACCAGCAACACUUAGCUUUACUCAAAGUUCCAUCUCUUAUCUAACUCUUCUAGAACUCUUAACAAUGCACUUAAAAUAAAACAAAUAGUGUGGGCUGCAGAUCUGAAACAAAAACAGAAAUUGCUGGGGAACUCAAUAGGUCUGGCAGCAUCUGUGGGAAGAAAGCAGAUCUAAUAUUUUCAGCCUGGUGACUCUUUAUCAGAGUCCUGAUGUGUCACAUGCAGCAAACCUUAAUCCUCAAAAGCCACAUAUUAAAAAGUCUUUCAUCUUUUCUGCCAUUGUUUCACCCCCUUGUAUUUCCUCAAUACAUUCCAAAAGUUCAAAAUUCACUCCACCAGUGGAAAUUCCAUCCCUAAACAUCCCUCUUCUCUUUGAAAACUUAAUUCUUUGACUGAGCAUUUAUUCGUCUUGAAUAACAUCCUCUCCUUAGGAUCAUUGUCAGGUGAUGAAGGAGCUGUGUUCGGAAAGCUUGUGAUUUCAAAUAAACCUGUAGGACUAUAGCCUGGUGUUGUGUGACUCUGAUUUUGACCACCCCAGUCCAAACCAACACCGUCACAUCAUGGCUACCUCAGGAUCAGUGUCAGCUCUUACCUGAUUACACUGUUGAGCCUUUAGAACUGCCUUCUAGGCACUUUUUGACAUCACGUGAAAAUGAGCCCGAGUUCCACCAGCUCCAGAGUUGUGUAACAACAUCUCCGAACAGGUUGAUUAGAAAAACAGGUUAAAUGAUUUUUUUAAAAAGUUAGCAGUUUAGAUAUUGAAUCAAAAUAUCCUACUGUACCUGUGUAUUAGGUUUAUCUUCUGUCAGUAUGUGAUAUUUUUUGAAUUAAUGCAAUGUCUUUUGUAUAGCCACUUACGAUUGUACCAACUGAAUAAGUACGAAUAUUCAUCCAGCCCAUCUUAUAACUUUUGAUGAUUCUUAUCCACUUCUGUUUCAUACUCUAUGUAGAUUUAUAAAAUUGCCCACCAUGUAAUCCUGUUGAUUAGUUUGAUAUUGCUUUGUUUAGCAUUGUAAAUAAAUUUAUGAUCUAUU